AUGAUAGAACGUAUAAUAUUCACCCUUAUUUUCCUUCUCCGCCUAUCUAUACUUGCUCAUGGCUCAGCAUUGACUACAGCAAUAGCCGCCAACGAACGAUUAUGCUUUUAUGCUGAUGUAGAUAAAGCCGGAGAGAAAAUUGGUUUCUAUUUCGCAGUUCAAUCUGGUGGCUCCUUCGAUAUCGACUUUGAUGUGAAAGACCCUAAUGAAAAGGUACUCUUGGACGGUGAACGCGAGCGUCAGGGGGACUACGUCUUUACUGCUAACACAGUAGGAGAGUACUCCUUCUGCUUCGAGAACGACAUGUCAACGCUUACCGAGAAACUCAUCGACUUUGAUAUCAUGGUGGAAAGCGAACCAAGGCGUGAAGCUCCGGCAAAGGCAGGCCAAAUAUCGGAGCACACAAGUGCGUUGGAGGAGAGCAUAUUCCGUCUGAACGGGAUGUUGAUGAAUAUUAAGAGGACUCAGAAACAUUUCCACACCCGCGAUAACCGAGGCUUCUCGAUCGUUCAGUCCACCCAAAAUCGUCUAUUCUGGUAUGCUAUCUUCGAGAGCUUGGCAAUGGUUGGAAUGGCUAUAUUCCAGGUCUACGUUCUGCAAACCUUUUUUACAAAGACUGGCCGUCGAUACAAAGUCUAA